UUUUGAUACUUGCAAGUAAUAAUCUCCUCGAUCGUCUACUACAAAUACCAACCACUCUACCCUUUGCUACACAUCAAUUCAAUUAAUCCAUUAUCCAUUUCACUCAUCUCUUUUUCAAAUUGACGAAUUACAAAAUGGCUUCUUAUCAAACUCAAUAUUACUUCCCUCAUUUUCCUCCACCGCCAUCUCCUCAUUUUGCAUCACCACCACCUCCUGCAACCCCUACACCUUCUGCACCGCCUCCACAUACUAUCCCACCACCAUCACCACCACCACAUGCUGUGCCACCAACACCACCGCAUGUCAUCCCACCACCACCAUCUCCUCCACAUAAGAUCCCUCCACCACCACCACAUGCCAUCCCACCACCACCUCCUCCACAUAAAAUCCCUCCACCACCACCACAUGCCAUCCCACCACCGCCUCCACAUAGGAUCCCUCCACCACCACCACAUACCAUCCCACCACCACCUCCAGCUGCUCCGGGAAACCAUACCACAAUCAUUGUGGUGGUGUUUGUCUCGUGUGGUGGUGUUUUCUUCUUGGCAUUUGUCGUGGCGGCGUUGUGGUGUUUUCUCAAGAAGAAGAAGAAGAUGGUUCGCAAGGCGGAAAAUGUGCACAUUGAUGAACACCGACAUGUGGCAGAGAGAAUGGUACAAGGACCAAAUGGGACUGAAAGUGUGAUACUUUCUGUGGAAGAUGAUAUACACAUUGAAGAAGAUAUAAGGAAGAGUGAGUUGGAGAAUUUCAGAAAAGGGUUGCAUUUGAAUUCCGGCAAUAUUGCUGCAGGUGUGGUUGAUGCUGGAGAACCAUCCUCUAGUUCCGGCCAUCACCACCUACCUGGUCAGAAGUCUUGAAAUCGGAUUACAAAAGUUUCUAUGGCAGCGCAAGCUAUAAUCAACUCAAAACAAAUUUGUAAAAAAUUGAAAUAAAACUUUGUAUUAAUGUUGUGUGAGAUUCUUUUUAUUGUUAUGUACAUGUGUAUAUGAAUUUGCGGUUGACUUUCUUUGGCAAUUGACAAAGAGGUUGACUAGUUGAGGGUUUCAAAGAAACGUGUAUUUGAGUUUGCCCGAGUA